UAUGAAGAGAAAAACAAAAACUGGUUAAUGUGCACAUCAGCCUAAUGACUGAGCUGUGGAGUACGUAGUGUAUAUUCAGUGUGAAAUGUCAGGUGCUCAUGAAUCAGACUUAGUCUCCAUCACAACUGAAUGCCUAGACCAGGGAAUCUGUCAGAGUCUAUGGAUUAGGUUGUUCAUGUGAGAAAAUAAUAACAAGAACUGGGUCAGAAAAGAUUAAAACAGAGGAUUUUUUUUCUUCUUCUUCACUAAUUCUCAUUAUGUCAAUAUAAUUAGUUCAAACCACACACAUUUUUUUACAUAAAAAAGUGUGAGACCAGAUUAAAAAUAUGCAUUUUUUUUGCUUUAUUACUAAUUGCAACCAAAAAGGUGGAGAAGUUAUCGUGUGGCUGAAUGCUUUUUCUACACCUAUCAUACGUCACAGAGCACUGACUAGAACACUUGUACAAAAUGUACAACAUAUGUAAUACAGGGGUGUCAAACAUAUAGCCCGUGGACCAAAACUGGCCCACUUGUUGUUUCAACGAGGCCCAGAAAAUAAAAUAAAAAUACACUAACACUUAAUGUUCAGUUAUGUAAAAUUAUAUUUAAUUAAAUAUGAAUGUUUAUCUAAUAUUUUUUAUUCUUUUUGCAUUAAAAAAGGGGAAAAAGACGGGCUUUUAUUAUUUAUAUGUUAUGUUAUGAUUCUACUGGUCCCGCUUUACAUCUAGUCAGGUUGUAAGCGGCCCCUCAACCUAAAUGAGUUUGACGCCGCUGCAUCCUUUCAACCUCAUUAUCAUAACUGAAGCGGACAUGCCAAGGAUUCAGGUGGGGCUCAAGCCCCCGUCUUUAAUUCGAAGGGAAAAAUAAUGGGCCACCAGAGGCGUUCAGGUGUUAAGAGCCAACCCUUCAUUUCCGUAGGAUACAAGGCUACAGAGCGCAACACCAUCAUCCUCACUGUCAGAGGUCAGUUUAUUCUCCCAGGUUUUAAUUCAGCGUUUGUUGUUGUAUCGUUGAUCUCGACACUGCGCCUCGCAGUGCAGAACAAGGACAUCAAACACAGAAUAGCGCCGGAAUUACGGCUUCAGUCGGAACAGAACACUGGCGUCUUCACCGCACGUCUUCAUAUUUGACGCGCACAGCUGCUCCACAGAGGCGCACCUCUGGCGCGGUCAUUUCCGAGGUGCCGUCGAGCACCGUGUCCAAAUACACUGCUCGCCCAGCGGACACGCUGACAGACUUUGAUGUGGCUGCGGUUAUUAGAGCGUGGACUCUCUCUCAGCUCUAAUCACGCCCACUGCCGGAGAGAAGGAACGCGCGCACAGCCGCGCUUCUCAGCUGUGCGCGUCCUCGUGGAGCCUAUAAAUGGUCGUUGCGCGCGAGGCGCAGUGUUUUUGGAGAGAGAAGGAUGAGGAUAAUAGUAGAGGAGGACGGCAGGCAUAUGUUUGGUUAAUGUUGAGAUAAAAUAUAUUCCUGAAGUUUUCCAAAUAGCUUUCUUCAACAGCUCCGUUACUCUGUGUGUCUUUUUCUUUUCUUUUUUUUAUUAUAUGACAUACGGCUGUCAAACUUGACGACCAAAGUGAUAUGUGAGCAGGCAGAGUCCAGCCAUGCAGAUGAAUGAGACUGGGGUUCAAACAGUGGCUCCAGAGCCAUGUGAGCAGCAGAUACUACAGGAGAACAACCUGGGGAACUCUAGCAAAGGUUCUGACAGUAACAACCUGUCACUGCACUGCUGGCUGCAGCUCCUCACCAGGGACUCUAUCAUGGAGUUACAGGGCGACAGCUCCAGCAUGGUCGUGCGUGUGAUGAUAGCGCUUGUCUACUCUGUCGUCUGUGCCCUCGGGCUGGUGGGCAACUCACUAGCUUUGUAUUUACUUCAUUCACGUUACAGGCAGAAGCAAUCGUCCAUUAACUUCUUUGUGAUGGGUCUGGCCAUCACAGACCUUCAGUUUGUUCUCACUUUGCCUUUCUGGGCAGUAGACACAGCCCUUGACUUCCGCUGGCCGUUUGGACGAGUGAUGUGCAAGAUUGUCAGCACCGUCACCACCAUGAACAUGUACGCCAGCGUGUUCUUCCUCACAGCUAUGAGCGUGGCGCGCUAUUACUCCAUGUCCACAGCGCUGAAGAUGCACUACAGACGGGCAGGAGCUGCCAGAGCCAAAUGUACAAGCGUGGCUAUCUGGGCUGUUUCACUGUUGGCCACUCUGCCUCACGCCAUCUACUCCACCAGUGCCCAGGUGUCAGAUGAGGAGUUGUGCCUAGUGCGAUUUCCAGACUCGGGCAAUUGGGAUCCACAGCUCCUCUUAGGCUUGUACCAGCUGCAGAAGGUCCUGUUGGGCUUCCUGAUUCCUCUAGUCAUAAUCACUGUCUGCUAUCUGCUGUUGUUACGUUUGAUCCUCACCCGACGCAUAGCCGGAGCGGCCAGCACUGAGACUGAAAAAGGACGACAAAAUCGUCGCUCCAAGGUAACAAAGUCCAUUAUCAUCGUCGUCCUGUCCUUCUUUCUCUGCUGGCUUCCCAAUCAGGCGUUAACUUUGUGGGGCGUACUUAUCAAGUUUGACCUCAUGCCCUUUAGCAAGGCUUUCUACAAUGUGCAAGCCUACGCCUUUCCACUGACCGUGUGUUUGGCACACACCAACAGCUGCUUGAACCCGGUGCUCUACUGCCUCAUCCGCAGGGAGUUUCGAGCUGGUCUGAAGGAACUCCUCCUUCACUCUGCACCAUCCUUCGGGAGGUUAACCCAUCUGCUGCGUCGCAACGCCAAAGUAGCUGAGGCGCCACCAGUUCUGGUACUGGUCCAAAUGGAUGUUUGACCAAAAUAACUUUUUUUACUGCGACAGAGCAGCAAAUGGAUUGGACUGCGUGACUGACAAAGUCCAUUUAUCAUUUAUCCCUGUCAACGUCCACUCACUGACUGUGAAACCAGCUCAAUCAUAACGGACGUCGUCCUGCUCUGUGUCUGGUUCUCUUCAACUCUAGCUCUGACUGUCAGAAACGUUUUGUGGAAAGCCUUCAAGAAUAGGUGUCCGAUAUCAAUCAUAAAUGACAUCGAUAUAUUUAUGCAUAUAUCUUCUCAGAUGCAUUCUGGGACACGUAUAGUAAACAUUAAUGUAAAUGUUGUAAAGUACAGCUUGUACAGGGUGUGCAUAACAGUGUAGGUGUAAUAGGCUGACGUUUUCUAUACAACGUACACCAUCAUAGUCGUCUCACCUCGCUCACAGAUCGUCUCUCACUAGAAUCUGUUGAAAAUGUAUGAUGUCUUUAAUGUCAGCCUUGGCUGUUUACCGUUGUAUUGUAGGUGCAAAUAUAUAAAUUCUAGUUUUGUAACUGUUUCCUUAAAGAUAAGAGAAUAAAUACAUAAAUGAAUAAAUAUGAGGGUGGCAUUCAUUUGCUAUU